CGGACAACUUUUCAACUAAACUGGUCAGACCAGUCAACUUUGGUCCACUUGUCUUUUUUGUGAAUUUCAGCUCAGACUUUCUAUUGCCUUUGCCUUGUACUUUGUCUCUGGAUUGUUUUCAACUUAAAUUAUCAAAAUGAAUGAAAAUGAUAGUAAUUCCAAUAAAACUACAAUAAGAGUGAAACUAUUGGAUGAUUAUCAAGAUAUUGUUAUUGACUGGAAUGCAGAGGAAAGUGAGGAAAUUCAUAAAUCAAUACUUGAACAGCUUUCGACAUUCACAAGGAUACCAAGUGAAAAGAUUGAAUAUGCAACGUUUAACAAGCCGAGUAAUGGGUUGACUUAUCCUGAAAAUCCUUUUGCGCACAGUCUCGAACCGGACAUUUCAAUCUUACGUUAUCACUGGAACUCUUGUGGUUUCAAGAUGCAAGAUAUGCGAGAUCAUUUCUUUACAGAUGGCGAUUGCUUCAUAUUCAAUAUAAUGCUAGAACUACCCUUUGAGUUGGAUAAAGUUUAUGUUGAAUAUUUUUUGGUGCAUCAAGAUUUAGUUGACGAAACUGAAUGCAGCCCAUAUCUCUGUCUUCAUACAUGCAACAGAGCUUUUUUGGAUAAAAUAGCUGGAAUAUUCAAUUCAGAUUUUGAAUCAUAUCUUCUUGCUCAGUCUCGUCGAAUCAUAUUUGAUGAAGAACAUUUGGCGCGUGUGGACAGACGAAAAAAUGAAAUACUUGCCCAUUUUAAUAUCGGACAAUAUUUUGAUGAUUAUUGUUGCAGAUCUCAUUAUAUUUCUACCCGAGGAACUAUUAACAGACCUCAAAAUCGUAUCUACUUGCCAUACCGUGGUUAACUCUGAUUGUAUCAGAUUGAAAUGUGUCAUCUAAAAUUUAAUCCAUUUGCAGCAAAUAAAACCGAAAUAAAUUUUCAAUUCAUUUUAUUUUAAA